GAUUAUUGUUUCAGCCGUGCACCAAAUUAAACUUACAGCUCCAUUCAAUCAUACAAUGUCCUACUACACAACUUCUUUCAAAGCCAUGCUUCCCUUGCUGCUCUCCAUUUUCUGUUUACAAACUCUCAUAAAUGCCACUUCCACUUUUCCUGGAAAUAAAACUGAUCAUAUGGCCUUGAUAGCCUUGAAGUCCAAGAUUUCAUAUGACUCUUUAGGGAUUUUCAAGUCCUGGAAUGAUUCUAUCCACUUUUGCCAGUGGGAAGGCAUCACUUGCAGUCGUAGAAGGGAUAGAGUCACCAUUUUGGAUCUAGAAUCCAGGGGCUUGGUGGGUUCUUUAUCACCUUUUGUAGGGAACUUGAGCUUCCUUCAGGAGAUUAGACUCUCAAACAACAACUUUAAUGGUGACAUCCCACCCGAAAUUGGUCGCCUACUCAGGUUACAUGUCCUAAAUUUGAGUUACAAUUCUUUUGAAGGAAAGAUCCCACCUAACCUGUCUCACUGCUCUAACCUUCAUUUCCUCAACAUUGAUUACAACAGCUUAGUGGGAAAGCUUCCAGUAGAGCUUGCUUCCAUGUUCAAGCUUAUAGAUCUUUCCAUUCACCACAACCAUUUUACUGGAGGUAUCCCACCUUUCAUUGGAAAUCUUACCUCUUUGGUAACCUUAUACUCAGCCGAGAAUAACUUUGGGGGCAGCAUUGCAGAUGCACUAGGCCGAUUGAGAAGCUUGAGAUGUCUUAGACUCGGAGCAAAUAAUCUUUCUGGUAAGAUCCCCCCGUCAAUCUAUAACCUUUCCAUGCUUUCUAAUUUCUCCAUAUCUUUUAAUCAACUUGAAGGAAAUCUUCCAUGGGAUAUAGGACUUACCCUUCCUCAUUUAGAAUGGUUUCAAAUAACUGAGAACCAUUUUAGUGGGCAGAUUCCAAUUACAUUGUCAAAUUCUUCAAAACUUAAAAUAGCAGAAAUGCAAAUGAACAAUUUCACUGGAAAAGUAAUAGUUCCUUUUGGGCACCUACAACAUCUUCAAAAGCUGGCUUUGUUUUCGAAUCAUCUAGGAAGCGGAGAAGCUGAUGAAAUGAAUUUCAUCACUUCUUUGGUCAAUUGCAGCAAGUUGAAAUAUUUAAACCUUUUUUAUAAUCAACUUCAAGGAAGAUUGCCAGAAUCUAUAGCCAAUCUCUCAAAUCAACUGGGGAAACUUCACUUUGGAUCGAAUAACCUAUUCGGGGACAUCCCAUCUGGGUUAGGGAAUCUUGUCAGCUUAAGUAAAUUGUUUUUGUUUGACAAUCAAUUUAUAGGCAAAGUUCCAAAAGAAAUAGGUCAACUUGAACAACUUUACAGUAUGGAUCUUGGUGGAAAUAAACUUUCAGGAGAAAUUCCAUACUCUUUUGGAAACUUAACAUUGUUGAGUAUACUUGGUCUAGAAGAUAACAAUUUAAAUGGAAGCAUACCUCCAAGCCUUGGGAACUGCCAAAAAUUGGAGCAAUUGAAUCUUUUUCAAAACGAUCUUAGUGGCUUCAUACCCAAAGAACUUUUUAACAUUUCAUCCUUGAGUAUUGGACUAGAUCUUUCUCAUAAUCAUCUAGUUGGAUCUUUACCUUUAGAAGUUGGUCAAUUGAGAAACUUAGAUGCACUAGAUGUAUCUGACAACGUGUUAUCAGGAGAAAUUCCAAAUAGCUUGAGUGGUUGCACCAAUCUAGAGGUUCUUCACCUUGAUAGAAACCACUUUCAAGGCCAAAACUACUCUGCUUGGUUUGUGAAGAUGAAGGCCUACCUAAGGGCGUUUGAUCUUUGGGAUUUUGUUGAAAAUGAUAGGGAACCUGCAACCUUGCCAGAAAACCCAACUUUAAAUCAGAUCAAGAGGCACAUAGAAGAGUCUACAAAGAGGUACAAGGCUCUUACGUGUAUCCAUGGGUCUGUGUUAGAUGAAAUUUUCAACAGAAUUAUUACUUGUGAGACAGCAAAGGAAGCCUGGGACACAAUUAAAGAAGAGUUCCAAGGAGAUCAAAAAACAAAGGAGAUCCAAAUUAAUAACUUGAGAUGGGAGUUCGAGGUGUUGAGGAUGAAAGAAACAGAGACAGUGAAGGAAUAUUCAAACCGAGUGAUGAAGACGGUGAACCAAAUAAGGGUCCUUGGUGGAGAACUCAGAGAAAAAAGGGUUGUUGAAAAAGUUCUUGUCAGCCUACCAGAAAAAUUUGAGCACAAUAUCUCCUCAUUACCAAGAGUGCAGUGUAGAAAGUGCAAGAAGUUUGGCCAUGUUGAAAGGGUUUGCAAGCAACAAGCAAAUCGUGUACAGCAAGCUAAAGUGGCUGAAAUUGUGGAUGAAGAUGAAGAGAAGUUGUUCAUGGCAUCAAAGGUAGAAAAGAAUCGUGUCGCUACAGUGAAUGGUGAUUUAUGGUUGAUUGAUAAUGGUUGCACAAACCAUAUGACACCAAAUUUGAGUAUCUUCAAAAGCAUUGACAAAAGUUACUCCUCCAAAGUCAGAUUAGGAAAUGGAGAUCUGGUGCAAGUGAAAGGCAAAGGUGUAGUUUUUAAAGCUGUAGUUGAAAAUGAGAUUGGCAAGUCAGUGAAAGUUCUAAGAACAAAUAAUGGUGGUGAAUAUGCCUCACUCCAGUUUGAGGAUUUCUUGAAGAGCCAUGGCAUAAAACACCAACUCACAAUACCAUACAAUCCUCAGCAAAAUGGUGUCUGUGAGAGGAAAAAUAGAUCAGUUAUGAAUAUGGCCCGGUGUCUCUUGUUUGAGAAGAACUUGCCAAGAAAAUUCUGGGCUGAGGCUGUGAAUACUUCUGUAUAUUUGCUCAACAGAGUUCAAACAAAGGCACUUGAUAGGAAGACACCAUAUGAAGCAAAAAGGGAUAAACUUGAUCGUAGAGCUGAAGUUGGAAUUUUUAUAGGUUAUAACAGUGAAUUAAAAGGCUACAGGGUGUUUAAUGUGAAGACUGGAAAGAUUGAAGUUAGUAGAGAUGUGAACUUUAAUGAAGCUGCAACUUGGAAUUGGGAGAAUUCAGAAGUUAUAUCUUCUGAGACUAGUCUUGAAGAUGAAACUAAUGAGGAUUAUGCAGUUAGAGGUACUAGAUCACUAGUUGAUAUUUAUGCAAGGUGUAAUGUUAGUGUUGUUGAACCUCCAAAUUUCUAUGAAGCUGUGAAGUCAGAGCCUGAUGGAUUUGUUAAAAAUGGUACUGAAAACAAAGUCUAUUUGCUCAAAAAGGCUUUGUAUGGACUUAAGCAGGCUCUUAGAGCUUGGUACAGCAGAAUAGAUGAAUAUUUGCUGAAAUUGGGUUUUGUAAAGAGUCUCACUGAAGUCACUCUUUAUGUCAAAGAAGAGGGAGCUGAUUUAUUAAUUGUUACAAUUUAUGUGGAUGAUUUUCUCAUCACUGGCAGCAAUGAAAAGUUGAUCCAGCAGUUCAAAGUUGAAAUGAAGAAGGAAUUUGAAAUGAAUGACUUAGGGAAAAUGUCCUACUUUCUUGGAAUGGAAAUCAGUCAUACUAGUCAAGGUAUAUUCAUAUGUCAGAAGAAAUAUGCUAAUGAGAUUUUGAAUCAGUUUGUAAUGGUUAAUUGCAAAACAGUCAACACACCUAUGGUUCCUUGUGAGAAGCUAAGAAGUGAUGAUGGUGCAGCUAAAAUUGAUGCAGGAGUAUAUCGGAGUUUAAUUGGGAGAUUGUUAUAUUUAUCAGCAACUAGACCUAAUAUAAUGCAUUCAGUGAGCCUUUUGUCUAGGUUUAUGCAUUCUCCCAGUGAAAUACACUUCAAGGCAGCCAAGAGGAUCCUAAGGUAUGUGAAGGGAACAACUGAUUUUGGUGUUCUUUAUAAAAGGGUGAUUAGUUGGAGUUCUAAGAAGCAAGACUCAGUUGCCAAGUCAAUAGCAGAAGCUGAGUACAUUGCUGCUUCUCUUGCUGCAGAUCAAGCUAUGUGGUUCAGGAAACUGAUGAAUGAUUUAAAACAACCUCAGAUACAUCCUACUGAGUUGUUUUGUGAUAAUUUUUCUGCUGUUGCAAUUGUUAAGAAUCCUAUUCUUCAUGGUAGAACCAAGCAUAUCAAGAUCAAAUAUCAUUCUAUUAGGGAGAUGGUUAAUGAAGGUGAAGUCCAGGUUUUGCAUUGUGAUUCAGAUGACCAUAUUGCUGAUAUAUUCACUAAAGGAUUGCACAAGUUCAUAUUUGAGACACUAAGAGACAAGCUUGGGAUGAGCAGCAUUAGUGUCAAGGAGGAUAAUGAACUUGAAGGAAAUCUUCCGUGGGAUAUAGGACUCACCCUUCCUCAUCUAACAGCCUUUUCUAUGUGGACAAACAACUUUAGUGGGCAGAUUCCAGUGACAUUUUCCAAUGCUUCAAAACUUGACAUUUUACAAUUGCAAGCAAAUAAAUUCUCAGGAAAGGUAACAGUUCCUUUUGGGCACCUACAACAUUUACGGGUUCUACUUUUGACUGAUAAUUAUCUAGGAACCGGAGACGCUGAUGAGAUGAAUUUUUUAACUUCUUUGGUCAACUGUAGCAAAUUGCAAGUUUUAGCCCUUGAUAUAAAUCAAUUUCACGGAAGAUUGCCAAAAUCUAUAGCCAAUCUCUCAAGUCAACUAAGUUUCCUCUUCUUUUCAGAGAAUAACCUAUUCGGAGGCAUCCCUCCAGGGUUAGGGAAUCUUGUCAGUUUAAAUGCUUUGCGAUUGCAUGAAAAUCAGUUUACAGGCAAAGUUCCAAAAGACAUAGGUCAACUAGGACAACUUCAAAUUCUAUUUCUUUAUAGAAAUAAUCUUUCAGGAGAAAUUCCAGAUUCUUUUGGAAACUUAACAUUAUUGAGUGUCCUUAAUUUAGAACAAAACAAGUUAAAUGGAAGCAUACCUUCAAGCCUUGGGAACUGCCAAAAAUUGUUGAGGUUGGAACUUUCUCAAAACGAUCUUAGCGGCUCCAUACCCAAAGAACUUUUCAACAUUUCUACUUUGACUAUUAGACUAAAUCUUUCUAGUAAUCAUCUGGUUGGAUCUCUAGCUUUAGAAGUUGGUCAAUUGAGAAACUUAGGUGCACUAGAUGUAUCUGACAACAUGUUGAUCGGAGAAAUUCCAAAUAGCUUGAGCGGCUGCACCAGUCUAGAGAUCCUUCACCUUGAUAGAAACCACUUUGGGGGUAGCAUUCCUGAAUCUUUAAGCUCUCUAAGAGGAAUUCGAGAACUUGAUCUUUCUGUCAACAACUUAACAGGUAAGAUCCCUCAAUCCAUGGCAAAUCUAGCAUUGGAGUAUUUGAAUUUAUCUUUCAAUAACCUAGAAGGAGACAUUCCAACAAAAGGCAUCUUCAAAAAUGCGAGUGCAGUUUUUGUUGAAGGAAAUAAGAACCUUUGCGGGGGAAUCCCUGAACUUAGAAAAAACAAAGAUCAGUCUUCUAGAUUCUCCUUGAAAGAGCCUCUGAGGCAACUUUCUUACCAAAUCCUGCUUAAAGCGACAGAUGGAUUUUCUUCAACAAAUUUACUUGGUAAGGGGAGCUUCGGUUCUGUCUACAAAGGAGUUCUCGAAGAAGAUGGAGCUCAUGUUGCAGUCAAAGUACUCGAUCUUAUGUAUCGAGGAGCUUCUAAGAGUUUCAUGGCAGAGUGUGAAGCCUUGAAGAACAUUCGUCAUCGAAACCUUGUAAAGAUCAUAACUUCCUGCUCAAGCAUCGAUUUUCAAGGAAAUGAUUUCAAAGCUCUAGUUUAUGAGUUGAUACCCAAUGGAAGCCUGGAUAAUUGGCUGCAUGCACCUGCUCAGGAAACAAACAAUGGCCAAAGCAGAGUCCAGAGUCUAAGCCUAUUACAGAGGAUAAGCAUUGCUAUUGAUGUCGCCUCCGCUCUUGACUAUCUCCAUUACCAUUGUGGGAAGACAAUUGUUCAUUGUGAUCUAAAGCCAAGCAAUGUUCUUCUAGACAACGACAUGACUGCUCAUGUUGGGGAUUUUGGGCUUGCAAAGUUUAUUUCAUCAGAAUCCAAAAUGUCAAACCAAAGUAGCUCAGUUGGAGUGAGGGGAACAAUUGGGUACGCUGCUCCAGAGUAUGGCAUGGGAAGUGAGGUAUCAAUACAUGGUGAUAUAUACAGUUAUGGGAUCCUGGUGCUGCAGAUGAUGACAGGAAAGAAGCCCACUGACAAUCUCUUUGAAGGAGGAUUUAAUCUUCAUCAUUAUGCAAGAAUGACCUCACCUGAUCAGAUUGUGGAGAUUGUGGACCCAAAGCUCGUAGAAGAGGCUGAAGCAACCAUUGUAAAUAGACAAAGAUCACGAUUUAACAUCAUAAUGGAUUGCCUAGUCUCAAUGAUUAGGAUCGGUGUGGCAUGCUCCGUGGAAUCGCCUCAAGAUCGUAUGCUCACGAGUACAGUUCUCAAGGAGCUGCAUCUUAUCAAGAACAAUCUCCAACGUAGCCGGGGUAACAACUAGUAUAGCUUCAAGCUACAUGUCUAGAUCCUAAAGCAUACUUGGGUAUGAAUAAUAGAAAGUGUGUUGCUGUGUAGUCGUGAGGUGUGAAGCUUUCUUAGUAUGGUCUAAUUUUACGCUUUUGGGGCUGUUUUCUGCACUCUUGUUCUAUUUCCUCACUUGGUUUGUACUGUUGAGGUUUUCUUGUGCAAUAUAUUGCUAUCUUAACU